AGAAAAACACGUGUACUAAUUGCCCCGCUUUAAUGUUACUAAAUGUACAUGAUACCUGAUACUUGUCAGUGCAUAAUAACAAAACGAUGUAACGUGUCAUUGACAUUUUUCCCAAACAUUUGAGUAUUAUACAAAAUAGACCACUUCGUGAGCUUAUAAUACGUCAUAUGAUUUGUUUUCUGUUAAUGUGAAGAACGCUGCCUGCUCGUGCAAUAUAUCCUUACAGAAUAAGACUCAUCAUUUCUGAAGACUUCACCACAUGUGAGCGAAAAUUAACUAACCAGUUUUACUGUUUGUUUAAAAACAUCAAUGGCCAUGAGAUCCGUCUGCCAAGGUGACGUCAGAAAACGCAUCAUCUUUAUUCUUACAACAACAACAAUACUUAUCGAUAUUUUUCUUUUAAAUAGUUUAAUACUAAGUAACGUAAAAUUCCAAUUCGUCACAAAAACGUCCAUGACUUUGAGGAUAAACGAUGGAGCAGACGACAAAAAGAACGCUGUUGAUGGUGAAACGACGACAGUUGACAAUACAACUCUCAGUCACGUAUCACAGAUGAUUACAGACAUAGCAGAAAGUUAUAGAGAAGCAGACGAUAUUGUGAACGCGGGAAAUAAACGUAACUUUUAUUGCCCGCCGUUUCCGAGAAAGAAACAUGGCGUAGAGGAUUUAAUGUGUAUGCAUGCACCAAAAUUCUUACCCGAAUAUAAGAAUCCAUGCUGGUUUUCCUUGAUUGGGAAAUUUCGAUGCCUUCCAUAUUUCCAAAUAAUUGGAAUCGAUAAGAGUGGGACAACAGAUUUGUUUGACAAAAUAGCCAAACAUCCAGACGUGCUGAGAAAUGAGGGGAUAUUACAGAAAGAAACAAUGUGGUGGUCGUGGCUGCGAUACGGUCACAAGCUGAAAGAAAGCAGAGACAUUCAGAAUUUUAAGACAUAUUUACAGUAUUUUACAAAGGCCGCCUACGCCAUUAGAUCUGAAACUGGCUCGAGGCUCAUAACAGGUGAUGCAACGCCAAUGGAUUUUUGGGAUAUGAGUGGAUGGAAGGUUAUUCCACAGAACAGUAGAUUAAAGGAGCCAGUCAUCAUAACACCGCAUCUGAUAAAACACAUGAAUCCGCACGUUAAACUUGUUCUAAUUUUGAGAGAUCCAAUAGAAAGGCUGUUGAGUGACUACUUUUUUCUGCAACAAGGUGUUAUGACUGUUGAGGGAUUUCAUUUAGAAGUUGUUAAGUCCAUCGUUAAACUUCACCUUUGUACAAGACAGAAUACUUUACGAGGAUGUCUAUAUGACAGGAAUUUGCAUGUCGGACUAAAUGCUAGAAUUCAUCUAGGAUUCUACUCUGUUUUCUUGAAAGACUGGUUCAAGGUGUUUCCCCGGGAACAAUUUUUCAUCGUAACAACUGAGAUGUACUCGCAGUACCCUGAUCUUGUUCUAAAACAAGUGUAUUCUUUCCUUGGUCUAAGGAAGUUGACAGGAGAAGAAAUAGAUCUAAUAGCUACAGCAAAAAGGCAGUAUGUCACUAAAAACAAAGCUAACAAGAUGCUCAAUGAAACCAGAGCCAUUCUUGAACAACUUUAUGCACCUUUCACACAAGAAUUAGGAGCCAUUCUUGAAGAUAAAAGCUUUCUUUGGAAGGAAAAAAUGAUAACUACUUGAAACGAUAGUGUACUUUUAAACAUAACGAGAUUUUAGAAUUAGCUAUGAAGUAAGACCUAAGCAUAGAAACAGUAUGGAACAAACAGGUGCUUUCGUGCUUUCACCAAAUUCAAGUAAGUUGAAAGAUAGAGCAGAUUGACGGAUUUUAAACAGCAUACAGGUAUUUCUAUAAAGGUAUAUAGAUAUUUUGAAGUUGUAGCGCUUGGCAGCUAAAGUUUAAAAUUACAACGUUAUGCUUUAAUAUAUAUCGCCGUUUGUAUCCAGGGCUCAGGGAGUCAGGGUUAUUUAACUAUUUUAAGAAUGCUGUCUCAAAUCUCAGGGUUUUCAUUGGUCCGUGAACUGACCAAUCACAUACUUGAGAUCUGAGUUUGAGCUAAGAUAAUUUCUUUAUAAUCUCAGAUCCGGUAACGCAGGGCAAAAUUGUUCAAUGCCAUGGCCAAAAAUGAACUACUCGGUAAAAAAAUGAUCCAGUGUGAUUCAUAUGAAAACAAUAAAGAGAAAUGAAUUUGUGCAUAAGUGAAAACUGUAAGCAUCAUUAAAGAAUAUUUGCAGGAUUUAUUUUUCAAGAUUAUUUGUGAGAAUAACGAACUGGUUAUCGUAUAUGUGUUUCAUCGAUAUCUAUUUAUAAAAUAAAGUUUUUAUAACAUUACUGUGUUUGAUAUACGGUAUACAAGAGACAACGUGUCAUAUAACGCUGAUAAAGCAAGUAAAAUGAGAGACGAUUUUAAAAAGAUAACGCCAAUUCCGAAGCAACGCUAGUUGCCCAUCAAUUAAAAUACAUGAAUGUCAGAAUCUUGAAUUGAUUUUCUCAUUGACUUACAUUAUGAAAAAGGCCGCUUAUCUUAUAUAUAAAUUGAGUUUUUCUGCUAAAGAGGUGAUUUUCUUCUAGGAAAAUUAAAUGCCUAACACAUAAAAAUGCUUGUUAUAUAGGGGUAGCCACCCAAAUCGUUUGCAAAAUGACUUCAAAGAGGAUUCACCCCAACCCCUUUUCAUUGAAAUUUUCUGCUGAUGAGAGGACUGACAUACACUUUUUAUAAAUGCAAAUAUCCAAGUCACAAGUAUGAAAUAUUUCAUUUUUUUUAGAAAACUAUAUAGCGUUAGUUUCUAAAAUAAUUUUCAUACUUAAAAAGACAUCUCAUUUUCAUCUAAUCACCUAAUGUUCCAUUGAAUCUAACUGUUAUCCCUGCACUUUUUUCAGGCAAUCGCUAGUCAUGUCAAAUGCGUUUAAUCUUUUCUUUUAAUUUGAUUUACUCUAAACUACUUUGGUCCGUUUACUUACCGUUGUACUGGUUUUUGCCAAAGCCGUGCACAAAUUCUGAGCUACUGUUCCACAUUUCCUGAGUUAUUUUGUGUGUAACUUUCCAGCGGUAUUAGACAUACACUGUGUAUAUGGGGCUUGAAAAAUGCAAUUAAUUAAAAUGAACCCUAAACCUAAUGGACAAAUGCUAUAGUCAUAGCAUGUCUCGUUCUUAUAGCACUGUAACACCGCACUUUGGGGUCCAACCAACCCAAGAGUGCGUUUGAUCACAAACUGCGGUGUUACAUAGCACACCGCUUACACCCCUGGCUGUAACUGAUUCUACCCAUGCGUCAAGUGCAGACCAAGAUCAACUGGUACAUCCUUCUUGUCAUGUUCUGCACUGUUCAUCAUUUUAGUUGAUUUUUUCCUAGAUAAGAUGAAUGGCAAUGUCCAGAUAGAAAGAUGGACAAGUCUAUUUAUGAUAUUCAUGGGUUAAUCAGAUUCUGUUUUAUUGUUAACUUUCUUUAAAUGCUCAGAUAACGUAUCACGAUCAGCAUUUGUGUUGUCCUUUUAUUCUUUUCAUUUUUAUUUAUGGACUG